AUGCUCUCCAUCCUCUACGCACUACAUUUCCUCCCCAACGCCCUGGCUACAAUCGCUGUAGGCCUCUCUCCCAGCGGCGUGACGAAGCUGUUUGGUAAUUCGUUCGGCCUGUCCGGCAGGAAUGCUACCUAUGACUACAUCGUGGUUGGGGGAGGUGCGGCAGGCAAUGCAAUUGCGGCGCGAUUAGCCCUAGAUCCAGCCAACUACUGUGUGGCGGUCGUGGAGGCAGGCUCCUUCUACGAGAUCCUCAACCCCGGCUUUAUCGCCCAGCGUUCCUUAUAA